UAAUUUUUAAGCUUUUUAUUGUUGAAAAAAUCUUAGUAGUUAGUAAAAGUUAUGGUAGAAAAAUAGCUGCUUCCUGACAGGAGUAUAAAAUCAAAAAAAAAAAAUUGUCAACUGUAAAUAUACGCAUGUAACAAACAGCUGGGCAUAGCAAAAUUAUAAUUCAUCGCUCAUCAAUGAUUGUCAUUGAGAUUUGAUUUAUCCAAUCAAACAGCUAAUUGAUUUUUUAUUUACAUUUCAAUUUUCAUAUGGAUUUAUAAAUAAAACGCGUACUCAUCAUAAUAAUCAUUGUAAUGAAGCAAAAUGAAAACUGAAAUGAAAUUUAUUCAAGUUAAUCAUGUUCCGACGAAAAUUCUAGUCUAUGACGAUGAAAUUGGUUGGCUGGAUCGAAAUGAAAAAUUUAACAAAAAACAAUUGAUCCUGAUGAUAUCAGGCAAUCCUGGUGAAAUUGAAUAUUAUACCGAUUAUUUUUCCACACUUUAUUUGGAGAUGAAAAUCCCGUUGAUUGGUUUAUCACAUGCUGGCCAUAAUUGCAUCCCUGCUGGCUAUUCAAGACCCCAAAUGAAUUCUCAGCUGUUUGGACUAGAAGCCCAAAUUGUUCAUAAAGCUCAAUUUAUCCAGAAUCAUAUCGAACCAUCGACGAGAAUCAUUUUGAUUGGUCAUUCGAUUGGAUGCUAUAUUAUACUCGAACUGUUGGAUCGUUAUUCGGAUAUCGCUAAAAUGGUGGAUCAUUCGAUUUUGCUCUAUCCGACUAUCGAUUCCAUUGCUAAUACCAAAUCCGGGCGAUUAACUCAUUUUUUCAUAAAAUUUCUUCUUUAUCCUGUGUUGGCAUUGGCUUAUCUCUUCAAUUCGAUUCUCAGUUCAGAGAGAAAAGAACAAUUGAUCAAAGCAUACCUACUAUUGAAUGGAAAUGAAUGUUUGGACUCGGUUGUGCGUUCGGCAACCAAUCUAUUGGAUCCUUAUUGUGUUCGUGCAGUCACUAUGAUGGCUUCAGAAGAAUUAGUUCAGGUUUUGGAGCCAAAAUUGAAUAUAAUCGAAGCGAAUGCAUCAAAUUUAUCAAUGUUUUACAGUGAAUCGGAUCCAUGGGCACCGGUAGAUCGUUAUCAUAAACUAAGGCGAAAAUUUGAAAAUUUUCAAGACAAGUUAGACAUUCGACUUUGUUUAGGACAAAUGGAACAUGCAUUCAUAUUGGAAUCAGAUUCCGUUUGUAAAGUAUCUCAAUUGACAUGUGAUGUGAUCAAAAACAAAUGGAAACUUUAAAAUAGAUAGUAGAUUUGUUUCAAUUUACUAUAGCUGGAAAAUUAAAAUUUUUUUUUUUAAAACUUA